UUUUUCUGUUUUUCUCCAGCAUUCAACAGGUCGCUCUGACAGCCGAUUUGGAAUUGGAAGUGGUGCAUAAAUGCAAUUUACAUUGCAUCGCCAUCGCUCUGAUGUCCCUAAUCUCACGCGUUACUGGCGUAAAUAACUUGCUUGAAUAUGCGCAGAAAAUAAUCGAYGCACGCAAAGAGGAGGCACCAUAUUUCCUGCCCCCCUUAUUGGAUCCGAAAAAGACGGGUACUACGAAAAUUAAUCUUGGCUUACCCCACCUCACCAUCGAUAAAAUCGCRCUGGCCGAAAGUCUACAAAACGCCGGCAUGGACUCGAAUCGCUUACAGACCGGAACGCCGUAUGUGCUGAAUCAAACCGACAAUCCAGCCCACCGUCACUCCUGGGUAGACACUGUAAGCAAUCCACAGCUGCCGCAGCGUAAUAGCUCUGCAGAUUUGACGGCAUACAAUGCGGACGGCGAUAGCGUGACAAGUUCACCGGGUGUCUCUAAGAAAAUCCUUGCACCCGAAUACAAUUUCGAGGCCAUGAAACGUGCUUUGGCUGAACCCUCCGAGGCGAUGAAGCGCGAACAGCGCGAUAAGCAAUUGCAGAUAGUACGCACAUUCCGGGAAGGCAACUUUGAGGACUUGGUACGGCGCACAGAGCCAAAGCAUGAUCUUAUACAAAAUCGCCUGAACGAUCUGUUUAACUCGCUGGCUGUUGAGCGUCAGAUAACCCAAAGCGACAUUAAAACGCAGCAGCUKCAAGCAGAAAAGCCGAUUUACGAGACGAAUUUCCCUGAAUUGUUCUAUUAUUAAUUUACUUCAAGUAUGUAUGCAUAUAUGGGUGUGUUCGAGCUACGUAAUAAUUACAACAGUACAGCAACUGAAUUACAUAUUUGCAUGCUGCGUUCAAAAAAUGACAGUAGAACGUGUUGCUGGAGCAGGUGUUGC